AGUUUCUUCUGCAGCGACCGCGAGAGAAGCACUGCAGAUUGGAAUUGCAUAGAACCUGCUCAAUAAAACAUAGCAUUGCGAAGGAGUACCGUUUAUCGUUUUACAAGUCGUUGUUAUUUUUGUUUUUCGGACUGAGCCAGGGGAGCUGUUUAUUUUUUUUUCUUCCAUAGCUGAAGAUGGCACAGAGGAGUGGGCAGGAGGACCCGGAGCGGUACCUGUUUGUGGACCGGGCAGUGGUGUACAACCCGGCCACGCAGGCCGACUGGACCGCCAAGAAGCUGGUGUGGAUCCCGUCGGAGCGGCAUGGCUUCGAGGCGGCCAGCAUCCUCGAGGAGCGCGGGGACGAGGUGGUGGUGGAGCUGGCGGAGAACGGCAAGAAGACCAUGGUUAACAAGGACGACGUCCAGAAGAUGAACCCACCCAAGUUCAGCAAGGUGGAAGACAUGGCCGAGCUGACCUGCCUGAACGAGGCCUCUGUGCUGCACAACCUGAAGGACCGUUACUACUCCGGGCUCAUAUACACUUACUCUGGACUUUUCUGUGUGGUGAUAAAUCCCUACAAGAACCUUCCAAUUUACUCCGAGAACAUCAUUGAAAUGUACAGGGGGAAGAAGCGCCAUGAGAUGCCACCACACAUCUACGCUAUCUCUGAAUCAGCCUACAGGUGCAUGCUUCAAGAUCGUGAGGACCAAUCAAUUCUUUGCACAGGGGAAUCUGGUGCUGGAAAGACAGAGAACACCAAAAAAGUCAUUCAGUACCUGGCUCAUGUUGCCUCCUCCCACAAAGGAAGAAAAGACCACAGCAUUCCUCCCGAAACUCCUAAGCCAGUGAAACUACAGAGUGGAUCCCUGUUGUAUGGCGAAUUAGAACGUCAGCUGCUGCAAGCCAACCCCAUUCUGGAGUCCUUCGGGAACGGCAAGACUGUAAAGAAUGACAACUCUUCACGUUUCGGCAAGUUCAUCAGAAUUAACUUCGACGUCACUGGUUACAUAGUCGGGGCCAACAUUGAGACCUACCUGCUGGAGAAGUCCCGCGCCAUUCGCCAGGCCAAAGAUGAGAGAACCUUCCACAUCUUCUACCAGCUGCUCGCUGGGGCCGGUGAACACCUGAAAUCUGACCUGCUGCUGGAAGGGUUUAACAAUUACCGCUUCCUGUCCAACGGAAACAUCCCCAUCCCGGGACAGCAGGACAAAGACAACUUCCAGGAGACCAUGGAUGCCAUGAACAUCAUGAGCUUCAACCACGACGAGAUCCUGGCUAUGCUGAAGGUGGUGUCUUCUGUACUGCAGUUCGGUAACAUUGUCUUCAAGAAGGAAAGGAACACAGACCAGGCCUCCAUGCCUGAGAACACAGCUGCCCAGAAGCUGUGUCACCUGCUGGGAUUGAAUGUCAUGGAGUUCACCCGAGCUAUUCUGUCCCCACGUAUCAAAGUCGGACGAGACUACGUACAGAAAGCACAGACGAAAGAGCAGGCUGACUUCGCAGUGGAGGCUCUGGCGAAGGCCACCUACGAGCGUCUGUUCCGCUGGCUGGUUCACCGCAUCAACAAGGCCCUGGACAGGACCAAGCGGCAGGGAGCCUCCUUCAUUGGCAUCCUGGAUAUCGCCGGCUUUGAGAUCUUCGAGCUCAACUCCUUCGAGCAGCUCUGCAUCAACUACACCAACGAGAAGCUGCAGCAGCUCUUCAACCACACCAUGUUCGUCCUGGAGCAGGAGGAGUACCAGCGAGAGGGCAUCGAGUGGAACUUCAUCGACUUCGGGCUGGACCUGCAGCCCUGCAUCGACCUGAUUGAGAGACCGGCACACCCUCCUGGCGUGCUGGCUCUGCUGGAUGAGGAGUGCUGGUUCCCCAAAGCCACCGAUAAAACCUUUGUAGAGAAACUGGUCCAGGAGCAGGGCACUCACUCCAAAUUCCAGAAACCUAGACAGCUGAAAGACAAGGCGGACUUCUGCAUCAUGCACUACGCUGGCAGGGUGGAUUACAAAGCCGAUGAAUGGCUGUUGAAGAACAUGGAUCCUCUUAACGACAAUGUAGCCACACUCCUACACCAGUCCUCGGACAAGUUUGUUGCAGAACUGUGGAAGGAUGUGGACCGCAUUGUCGGUUUGGACCAGGUGGCGGGCAUGAACGAGACGGCUUUCGGCUCUUCCUACAAGACCAAGAAGGGGAUGUUCCGCACAGUGGGGCAGCUGUACAAGGAGUCUCUCACCAAGCUUAUGGCUACACUCCGCAACACCAACCCCAACUUCGUCAGGUGCAUCAUUCCUAACCACGAGAAGAGGGCUGGAAAGCUGGACCCUCACCUUGUACUCGACCAGCUGCGCUGUAACGGGGUGUUGGAAGGAAUCCGAAUCUGUCGCCAAGGAUUCCCCAACAGGAUCAUCUUUCAGGAGUUCAGGCAGAGAUAUGAGAUUCUCACUCCUAACGCCAUUCCUAAAGGUUUCAUGGAUGGCAAGCAGGCCUGUGAACGAAUGAUCCGCGCCCUGGAGCUGGACCUGAACCUGUUCCGGAUCGGACAGAGUAAGAUCUUCUUCCGGGCCGGAGUCCUGGCCCACUUGGAGGAGGAGCGGGACCUCAAGAUCACUGACAUCAUCAUCUACUUUCAGGCAGUCUGCAGGGGAUUCCUGGCCAGGAAGGCCUUCGCUAAGAAGCAGCAGCAGCUUAGCGCUCUGAAGGUGCUGCAGAGGAACUGUGCUGCUUACCUCAAACUGCGCCACUGGCAGUGGUGGAGACUCUUCACCAAGGUGAAGCCACUGCUCCAGGUGACCCGCCAGGAAGAGGAGAUGCUGGCCAAGGAUGAGGAGCUUAUCAAGGUGAAGGAGAAGCAAAGCAAGGUGGAGGGCGAGAUGGUGGAGAUGGAGAGGAAACACCAACAGCUGCUGGAGGAGAAGAACAUCCUGGCGGAGCAGCUGCAGGCAGAGACGGAGCUGUUUGCGGAGGCGGAGGAGAUGCGGGCGCGCCUGGCAGCCAAGAAGCAAGAGCUGGAGGAGAUCCUGCACGACCUGGAGUCCCGGGUGGAGGAGGAAGAGGAGCGCAACCAGGGUCUGCAGAACGAGAAGAAGAAGAUGCAGACUCACAUCCAAGACCUGGAGGAGCAGCUUGACGAGGAGGAAGCAGCCAGGCAGAAGCUGCAGCUGGAGAAGGUGACGGCCGAGGCCAAAAUCAAGAAGAUGGAGGAGGACAUUCUCCUGCUGGAGGACCAAAAUUCCAAGUUCAUAAAGGAGAAGAAGCUGCAGGAGGACCGCGUGGCUGAGAUUACCUCUCAUCUGGCAGAGGAGGAAGAGAAAGCCAAGAACCUGACCAAGCUGAAGAACAAGCAGGAGAUGAUGAUCGUAGAUUUGGAAGAGCGGCUAAAGAAGGAGGAGAAGAACAGGCAGGAGCUGGACAAGGCCAAGCGCAAGCUGGACGGGGAGACGACGGAUCUGCAGGACCAGAUUGCAGAGCUGCAGGCGCAGAUAGAGGAGCUGAAGCUGCAACUGGCCAAGAAAGAAGAGGAGCUGCAGGCUGCCCUGGCCAGAGGUGAUGAGGAGGUGGCCUAUAAGAACAACACCCUGAAGCAGGUGCGGGAGCUGCAGGCCCAGAUUGCUGAGCUGCAGGAGGAUCUGGAGUCGGAGAAAGCCUCCCGCAACAAGGCAGAGAAGCUCAAGAGAGACCUGAGCGAGGAGCUGGAGGCACUCAAGACUGAGCUGGAGGACACCCUGGACACUACCGCAGCCCAGCAGGAACUCAGGACCAAGCGAGAGCAGGAGGUGACCGAGCUGAAGAAGGCCAUUGAGGAAGAAACGAGGAACCACGAAGCUCAGAUUCAGGAGAUGAGGCAGAGACACGCCGCAGCCCUGGAAGAUGUCUGCGAGCAGCUGGAGCAGGCUAAGAGGUUCAAGGCGAACCUGGAGAAGAACAAGCAGACCCUGGAGAGUGAUAACAAGGAGAUGUCGGUGGAGGUGAAGGGGCUGCAGCAGGCCAAGGCAGAGUCUGAGCACAAGAGGAAGAAGCUGGAGGGGCAGGUGCAGGAGUUCACAGCCAGGAUCACCGAGGGGGAGAAAGCCAGGAACGAGCUGGCUGAGAAGACGCACAAGCUGCAGAAUGAGCUGGACAAUGUCUCCACCUUACUGGAAGAGGCAGAGAGAAAGGGCAUUAAACUGGCAAAGGACUCUGCCAGUAUGGAGUCCCAGCUCCAGGAUACACAGGAGCUGCUGCAGGAGGAGACCCGUCAGAAGCUGAACCUGAGCAGCCGCAUCCGUCAGCUGGAGGAGGAGAAGAACAGCCUGCAGGAGCAGCAGGAAGAGGAGGAGGAGGCACGCAGGAACCUGGAGAAGCAGCUUGCUUCCCUGCAGGCUCAGCUGACGGAGACCAAGAAGAAGUUGGAGGAGGACGGGGGUGCCAUGGAGGGUCUGGAGGAGGUGAAGAAGAAGCUGCAGAAGGACAUGGAGAGCGUCAGCCAGAGGCUGGAGGAGAAGAGCAUGGCCUUUGACAAGAUGGAGAAGACCAAGAACCGGCUGCAGCAGGAGCUGGAAGACCUCAUGGUGGACCUGGACCACCAGCGCCAGAUCGUCUCCAACCUGGAGAAGAAGCAGAAGAAGUUCGACCAGAUGCUGGCAGAGGAGAAGAACAUCUCUGCACGCUACGCUGAGGAGCGGGACCGUGCAGAGGCCGAGGCCAGGGAGAAGGAGACCAAGGCCAUGGCUCUGACCCGCGCCCUGGACGAGGCUCUGGAGGCCAAGGAGGAGUUCGAGAGGCUCAACAAGCAGCUCCGCACGGAGAUGGAGGACCUCAUGAGCUCCAAGGACGACGUCGGGAAGAGCGUCCACGAGCUGGAGAAGUCCAAGCGCACUUUGGACCAGCAGGUGGAGGAGAUGCGCACGCAGCUGGAGGAGCUGGAGGAUGAGCUGCAGGCCACGGAGGACGCCAAGCUGAGAUUGGAGGUCAACAUGCAGGCCAUGAAGGCUCAGUUCGAGAGGGACCUGCAGGCACGCGAUGAGCAGAACGAGGAGAAGAGGAGGAUGCUGGUCAAGCAGGUGCGAGAGAUGGAGGCUGAGCUGGAGGACGAGCGCAAGCAGAGAGCCCUGGCCGUGGCUGCCAAGAAGAAGCUGGAGAUGGACCUGAAGGACAUGGAAGCUCAGAUCGAGGCAUCCAACAAGGCUCGCGACGAAGCCAUCAAGCAGCUGCGCAAACUGCAGGCACAGAUGAAGGAUUAUCAGCGAGAGCUGGAGGAGGCACGUUCCUCGAGAGAUGAGAUCUUCGCUCAGUCCAAGGAGAACGAGAAGAAACUGAAGAGCUUGGAAGCAGAAAUCCUCCAACUGCAAGAGGACCUGGCUGCCUCAGAGAGAGGGCGGCGCCAUGCUGAGCAGGAGAGAGACGAGCUGGCUGACGAGAUCUCCAACAGCGCCUCUGGAAAGUCAGCUCUGCUGGAUGAGAAGAGGAGGCUAGAGGCUCGCAUUGCCCAGCUUGAGGAGGAGCUGGAAGAGGAGCAGAGCAACAUGGAGCUGCUGAACGACCGCUUCCGCAAGACCACCAUGCAGUUGGACUCCCUGAACACAGAGCUGGCAGGCGAGCGCAGCGCGGCUCAGAAGAGUGAGAACGCGCGGCAGCAGCUGGAGCGGCAGAACAAGGAGCUGAAGGCCAAGCUGCAGGAGCUGGAGGGCUCGGUCAAGUCCAAGUUCAAGGCCACCAUCACCGCCCUGGAGACCAAGAUCGCACAGCUGGAGGAACAGCUGGAGCAGGAGGCCAAGGAGAGAGCUGCUGCCAACAAGCUAGUGCGUCGCACAGAGAAGAAACUGAAGGAGGUGUUCAUGCAGGUGGAGGAUGAGCGUCGACAUGCUGACCAGUACAAGGAACAGAUGGAGAAGGCGAACUCGCGAAUGAAGCAGCUGAAGAGGCAGCUGGAGGAGGCAGAGGAGGAGGCGACGAGGGCCAACGCCUCCCGACGCAAACUGCAGCGUGAGCUGGACGACGCGACCGAGGCGAGCGAGGGGCUGAGCCGCGAGGUCAACACGCUCAAGAACCGCCUCAGGCGGGGUGGACCCAUCACCUUCUCCACCAGCCGCUCCGGCCGACGCCAGCUCCAGAUCGAGGGCGCCUCCCUGGAUCUCUCGGACGACGACGCAGACAGCAAAGCCAGCGAGCUGAACGAGAUACAGGCCGCCCAGGCAGAAUAGAGCCCGAGCCCCGAGCCAGUCAGCAUGCAAGCACCCUGCAGUCCUCCCCUGACUCAACAUGAGGGACAUUCAACAGCUACAAACUGUCCACCAAACUGCCUUGUGCUCAAUGAGUCUGCCUUAUUUUAUACUGGCAAACUGCAAGGCUACUGAAAUCAUUGAUCAAUUGCGUCUUAAUAACCAUCUAUAGCCUUGGCGUACUGUGCUCUUGCUUAAAAAUAUAGGUACAAGUAAAGUGCAUUUUAUAUUAUAUAUAUAAUAUAAAAUUAUAUACACACAAAACAAAAGGGUUAUUCAGUGCAAGGCCAUUUUCUAGAGCAUUAACACUAAAGAACUAAGCUAAUAAGAAAUAAUCUUGUUAGAAGGUAUUCAUUCAUUCCCAGAGAAUUCUUAGCAAAGGCUGGAUCCCUGUCCUUUUUUUUUUUUUUUUUUUUUUUUAAUCAGUUUGCUUCAAAAAUAAAAUAAAAAAGAUGAUGAUGAUGAUGAUGAUGAUGAUGAUGAUUUUGUAGUCAGUGGCCCUUGGACCUGUACGGAGUCUGAAACCAUUUCUUAAUUCUGUAAGAAAAUGUAACAGCUUAAACUAGAAACACAGUAUGCAUUCUUGAUCUGUGGAUUGACUCAUGAAGCAGCAACAGUAUUUCUAAUAGAGAAAAAUGGGUGCGUUUUUAAGGUAGCAGUGUUUCUCUAGCAUUUAUCAGUCAUUUAAGCGUUAACAAUAGCAGUAUUUAAAUGAUAAUGGAGACAUGGAAGCAGCUACAUGGAAGCAGCUUUAACCACUGGUACAUGCUGCUCUCUGUAUUUAAAGAGAACCUGCACACAGCUGUAGUACUGUCUGUGUGCAAGCUGCUUGCUAUGGCAUUAUAAUACAUUUCAUACUGGUCUGCUCUUGUAAAAGCAAUGUCAGUUCAUCACUGUGUUUCACCAAGUCAUUUUUAUGGCACACAGCAGACAAAUGAAUUAAGCACUUCUUAUUUCCUUCUUACAUUAACUGAAGUUUGAAUACCUCUCACCGUCCCAUUUCUUGAACCUCUUUGUUUACUCCUUGGUGUACUACUCCAAGACUACAACGCUACAGUCGCCUCCACAAAUUAAGAUGCUUAGUACUUUAUAAUUCCAGUUCUACAUUGAAGGAAAUACACUAGUGUUACAUUACAGGUACCUUUGAACGCGAAGUUUUGAACACCUAGGGAGAAAGUUGUUUUAAAGUUAAAUAUGGAGCCAUUACAAGUCCCACCAGUGCGAGUACUGCAUAUCUGCAGUGUUAGCAAGCCAGCACCUGCAUAUCCAUCCACUUUUUAAUUUCUAGUUUCAUUUAAAAUAAAUAAAGCAUGCAAGGUUUCAAGCACUGUUCUAAUGUUAGCAUAUCAUUAAACAAAUGUUUCUUUAAAAAGUGCCUGAGACACUACUAAGAAAGAAUUACUAGUGAGAAUCUUCAUAUACAAGUAUACAUAUAUCUCUAACAUUACGACAAAUACAAAUGUGUAGGAAGUUUAAACCUGUUUUAACUGUAUUACUUCUAGCUGCGCUUCAUAUCAUAUUAUACAUGGUAUGUACCUCUCCAGUUCAAGCGGUAUUAGAGGUAUUAAAUGGAUCUGAAUCAGUGUUAGUAACUGAAAAGUUGAGCCUUCUGCCACAUGCAGGAAGUGUUGCGAUUUCAUUUGGUUAAAAGCUUUAACAUCUAUGACAUACAGUAGUUAAUUUGUUGAACUGGCUGUUGACAACCAGGCAUUCGGCUGCAGAUAUCUCCUUUUAUUUCUUGUAUACCUGUCUUUCUAGAUGACAAUGAUUUUUUUUGUAAAAGACAAUAAACAUAUUCAUUAUAAAA